AUGAAGUCCUUCCCUCUUCUGCUCUCUUGCUUGAUUGCGGCAGUCGCCGCAGCCGGUUCGGUUUGCUCUAGUGGAAUUUACGGAUUGCUCGCGCCUCUUAGCGGAUAUGCCCCUGCUCAAUCCUUCUGCUCUAGCCACUAUCCGCCUUCGACGGUGGUCACUACUGUGACAUUGGUCAGCUCGGCCCCAGUCAAGGUCAAGAGAGGUGUCAGAACCACAACGACGACGAAGACAACCACCAAGCCACCUUCUACCACUACCACAAAGCCUCCCUCUACUACGACCACGAAGCCUUCUUCUACCACAACCACAAAGUCAACAACAACAUCUGUUGAUCCCAAAGCGGCACUUUUCUCGACUUUGUUGUCUGAAGCAGCCGCCAUCGCCUCAACUUUCUGCUCCUGUAUAGAGAGCAUCCCUACUAGCACGAAAACAAUAACACCGUCCACGACGACGACAACCACAACCACAACUACGACGACGACGACGACCACCACCACCACCACCACAAGCACCAUUCCGACCACUACACCAAGCACUACUACAACUACGACAACGACAACGACGACCACCACCACCACGACAAGCACUGCACCAUCUCCUUUCUGCACACAAAACUACUUUGCCUGCACCGGCAGCUCCGACUGUAUCAGUCUCGACGGAGUGACAGAUUGCACCUGCUACUCGCGCGCCUCGGGUUGCGGGACCGACGGGGACGGCGUUUGUCUCCCCACGGAUCAGUACGGCAGCACCACAUCCUGCACUGACGACUCGGACUGCUCGUCGAAUAGUUACUGCGUGGCCGGCGACGGCGGCUCCUAUUGCUACUACCCGUUCCCAGCCUGCGUCGGCGAGGCCGCGACCAAGCGUCUGUUCCGCAGAGAACAGGAUGACAUGACCAAGGCGAGGCUGCGGAGGAGGGAUCGGGGCACGCCACUGUGA